GCAUUUAGAUGGGUUAAAACUCACACACACAGAGCUGUACAUUUCAGUGUAGAGAAACACACUGUAACAUUCAGAUACACACAAACCAAGAUAACAAGGAUGGCUGUGUCUGUCAGUGCAGGGGAUUCUGAAAUCAUUGAGGUUGAAACAAACCUUUCUGAGGAUUCGGCAAACUACUUCAAUAUGAAGAUAAACAGAGCAAAAAAAACUGAGGUAGUCCAAAAAUCGGGUCCUGCAGGUAAAAUGCUCUAUAUACUGGUUGGUGUCAGCUUUGGGCUGAUGUGUGUUCUGCAAGUCACUCUGAACAUCUCCUUGCGUCUUGCCCACUCUAACUUCUUGGAGGAACAGAUAAAAUGGUUAGAGACCAGUUAUAACAACCUUACUGAAGAGAAAAAACAUCUACAGAUUAGUUACAACAACCUUACUGAAGAGAAAAAACAUCUACAGAUCAGUUACAACAACCUGACUAAAGAGAGAGACAAGUCCACUGAGCUGGAAUGGAGGACGUUUAACACCAGCUUGUACUACAUCUCCAACGACUAUAAAACUUGGGAAGACAGCAGACAGGACUGUCUGAAAAGAGGAGCAGACCUGGCAGUCAUAAACAGCGAAGAGGAACAGGUGUUUAUCAGUCAACUGAACAGCAAGCCCUGGAUAGGUCUGACUGACAAGGAUUCUGAGGGGACCUGGAAAUGGGUGGACGGAACCCCACUGACCACAGCGUUUUGGUCUACUGAAGAGCCUAAUGAUCGAGCUGUGAAUGGAGAGGACUGUGUCAGCCUUUAUUACCAUACCCAGCCUGUAUUGAAGAACUGGAAUGACCUAGCAUGCAACACAGAAUUUAUGUGGAUCUGUGAGAUUGUAAAUGGCUGAUACACAGACACACCCUUAGAGAUAGCAUUUUUUUUUUACAUGUAUUCUUGUUUCUUGUCUAUAAUACAUGCAUUACAGAUGUUAUUUGGCAUUUUAAGUAUUUGCUUUACUGUUAUUAGCCGUUACUGGAUUGCAUUCACUGUGGAACCAUUUUCACAAGUAUGUGGUACAUUUCCAUAACUCAGUACAAAACUCCAAACUGGUCACACUUGUAACGGAGCCGGUCUUUCAUUAAAAACCUCUCAUUGUGCAUUCA